AUGCAUGCGGAACAAUCGGGCCGCGUGGCGCAGUGGAUAACGCGUCUGAGUACGGAACAAGAGAAAACACUUUCGGAUCCUGCCGUGGUCGACACUUUUGUCCAGCUCCAUUUCAUCGCAUUGCCUGCUUCGUCUGAAAAUUUUCGGCAUCCAUUCAAGAGCGAGCAGUUAGAGAAGCCAUGCUAUGUAGUAGUAUUAAUCGGGCCGCGUGGCGCAAUGGAUAACGCGUCUGCCUACUUAGCAGAAGAUUUCAGGUUCGAGUUCUGCCGUGGUCGACACUUUUGUCCUGUUCCAUUCCCUCUCAUUGCCUGCUUCGUCUGGGAAUUCUCGGCAUCCAUUCAAGAGCGAGCAGCUAGAGAACCCAUACUAUGUAGUAGUAUUAAUCGGGCCGCGUGGCGCAAUGGAUAA